CGCCACUGAGCGUGCGCAGAACCGACCGCUGCAGCCCUUUAGGCUGCGGUGCCAAAGAGUCGGUCCCGAAGCGGAAGUGCUUGUUGGGGCCGGGCUUUGUAACGGUCUCCUGAGCAGCGAGCAGAAAAUCUGUUAUCCAGAGAGAGUGAGGUUGAGGGGGCAAAUGCUAGGGGUCGUGGGCCGAGUGAUGGGGAGUUCUGCGGGAUGAGUAAAGAGGGAGCUGGGGGUUGAGUGAUGGGGGACCGAGAGGUCAGUGGACGAGGUUCUAGGGGCUCGCUGGUGAACAAAGUUAUGGGGGCUAAGCAGGAUUGAAUGGGGCUUAUUAAACUUUGACUUUUACACAUUUUCCAGCACAGUGACCUGCCCCUAAGGGUUCAUGCCCAUCCCUCAGGCCCCUCUUUAGACGCGCCCCGCUCCUCCCUCUGCUCUAUCCCCUUGCCCAAGCCCCGAGGUGGGGACCUGGUGUGAAUGCUCCGGCCGAAGUGAACCUGCACCCCCGCACCCGAAGGCCUCUUUCCGGCUCCUGGGCAAGGCGGCCCCGGUGAGCCGUUACACAUAUCUGCUUUUUCCCAAGAAGAGCAGGAAAUGGCCAAACCCCAGGGGCUAGUGACAUUUGAAGAUGUGGCUGUGGAUUUCACCCAGGAGGAGUGGCAGUACCUUAACCCGCCACAGAGGACCCUGUACAGAGACGUGAUGCUGGAGACCUACAGCAACUUGGUCUUUGUGGGGCAGCAGGUUACCAAACCAAACCUCAUCCUCAAGUUGGAGGUAGAAGAAUACCCGGCAGAAGGAAAAAUCCCAUUUUGGAACUUUCCAGAAGUCUGUCAAGUUGAUGAACAGAUUGAGAGGCAACAUCAGGAUGACCAAGAGAAACGUCUGCUGAUGCAAGUUGGAUUUUCUGACAAGAAAACAAUUACCACCAAGAGCGGUCGUGACUGUCAUGAGUUUGGAAACAUACUUCAUUUGAGUACAAACCUUGUUGCUUCAAUACAAAGACCCGAUAAACACGAAUCAUUUGGAAAUAAUAUGGUAGAUAAUUUAGACUUAUUUAGUAGACGUUCUGCAGAAAAUAAAUAUGAUAAUGGAUGUGCAAAAUUAUUCUUCCAUACUGAGUAUGAGAAAACAAAUCCUGGAGUGAAGCCCUAUGGCUAUAAAGAGUGUGGGAAAGGUCUUAGGCGAAAGAAAGGCCUUAGUCUACAUCAGAGAAUUAAAAAUGGAGAGAAACCCUUUGAAUGUACUGCAUGUAGGAAAACCUUCAGCAAGAAGUCACACCUCAUUGUACAUUGGAGAACUCAUACAGGAGAGAAACCUUUUGGAUGUACCGAAUGUGGAAAAGCCUUUAGCCAAAAAUCUCAGCUCAUUAUACACUUGCGAACUCAUACAGGAGAGAGACCCUUUGAGUGUCCUGAAUGUGGAAAAGCUUUCAGAGAAAAGUCAACUGUCAUCAUACAUUACAGGACUCACACAGGAGAGAAACCUUAUGAAUGUAAUGAAUGUGGAAAAGCCUUCACUCAGAAGUCCAAUCUCAUUGUCCAUCAGAAAACCCACACUGGAGAGAAAACCUAUGAAUGCACUAAAUGUGGAGAAUCUUUCAUACAGAAGCUUGAUCUAAUUAUACAUCAUAGUACCCAUACAGGAAAGAAACCCCAUGAAUGUAAUGAGUGUAAGAAAACUUUCAGUGAUAAGUCAACUCUCAUUAUACACCAGAGAACUCAUACGGGAGAGAAACCUCAUAAAUGUACUGAAUGUGGGAAGUCUUUCAAUGAGAAGUCAACCCUCAUUGUGCAUCAAAGAACUCAUACAGGAGAGAAACCCUAUGAAUGUGAUGUGUGUGGGAAAACCUUCACGCAAAAGUCAAACCUUGGUGUACAUCAGAGAACUCAUUCAGGAGAGAAACCCUUUGAAUGUAAUGAAUGUGAGAAAGCCUUCUCUCAGAAGUCCUACCUCAUGCUACAUCAGAGAGGUCAUACAGGAGAGAAACCUUAUGAGUGCAAUGAAUGUGAAAAAGCAUUUUCACAGAAAUCGUAUCUCAUUAUCCAUCAAAGAACUCAUACAGAAGAAAAACCCUAUAAAUGUAAUGAAUGUGGCAAAGCCUUCAGAGAAAAGUCAAAGCUCAUUAUACAUCAGAGAAUCCAUACAGGAGAGAAACCCUAUGAAUGUCCUGUGUGUUGGAAAGCUUUUAGCCAGAAGUCACAGCUCAUAAUACAUCAGAGAACGCACACAGGAGAGAAACCCUAUGCAUGCGCUGAGUGUGGCAAAGCCUUCCGAGAAAAGUCAACAUUCACUGUGCAUCAAAGAACUCAUACUGGAGAGAAACCCUAUAAAUGUACGGAAUGUGGGAAAGCCUUUACCCAAAAAUCAAACCUUAUUGUACAUCAACGAACCCAUACAGGAAAGAAAGCCCAUGGAAGAGGCCACACUCGGAAGUCAAAGUUCAUGGCACAUUAGAGAGCUAACCAACAGUAUAUAUUAUGGACAUUGAAGGAAAGUUGUGUCAAUUUAAUUCACAUUUGAAAAGUAUAUUCCGACUUCUGGUUUAAAUAUGGGAGUAAACUCAGCCUUUCUUCUUUUCAUCUCGGUCAUAACCCAAAAGCUACGGGAGAAAAAGCAGAAGUGUAAUCUCUGUAUCUGACAAAAUUAGAAGACAGCUGCAACCCUGAUAAGAGGGCUGCCACAGGCAGAGGAAAUGAAGCACUGGUGCAGGAGAUUUCAGAGCGAGCGUGCUCAAGGCUGCAGAUGCGAGACAGCACUGGUAAGGACUCUUAGCUGAGGUUCGGGAUAUACACCGAGGCGUGGAACCAUAAAUAUAACAGUGGUAAUAGUGCGUGGGCAGGUAGGAGGUAGGAUGUUUCCUAGACCAUUUGGGGUCCGAGGAGAAACAGGCUGGGGCCUCGAGAAGGAGUCACUCAGACAAGCCAUAUUUGUAGAAAGUAGUCUACUGAUGGGAGAAACAGUUAUGGGGGUGCUGGGGGAAGAGAAGGGACUUUUCCUUGUGAAGAGCCCCACAGCUGCCCGUUUACUGACUUGGGAGAAGUAAAGUCAGAAAGAACUAAUGUGGGGGGAAAAAAUCUCAGUUGUCAAAAAAAACUGAUCUGCUUGGAAUGUGGCCCUGGUUUCUUUUCCCACAUGAACCUCCAGCAAAUAGCAAGUCCAGGAAAAACUCUUCUCAUUCAAAGAGGAAUGAUUCAAAAGUAAUCAAAACCACAAAUGCAUUUGGUUUUGGGGCCAGCAAUUCCACUUCUAGGAAUGUACAUACUCACACAUGUACAAAAUGAUGAACAUACAGAAGUAUUCAUUAAUGCACUGUUUGUGAAAACAAAAGAUUGGAAGCUGUCUAAAUGAUACCGUAUCAGGGUUCUGGUUCCCUAAAUUGUGGUAUAUUCAUACAGCCUACUCCUGGGUAGACAACAAUGAAUAAAUAAGGAGAACCAGGAUACCAUUUAUGUAGUGAUGUGGGAUAACCUUCAGUUUAUGUUAUUAGGUAGGAAAAACAAGGUUAAGGACAGUGAGUAUAAUAUGCUGCCAUUUGUAUAUAAAAAGGAGAAAAAUGGUAAGUACAUAAUUGUGAAUUCAUAAGUUAUCUCUGGAAAGAGACACGAGAACCUGGUAACCCUGAUUACGCUGGAAGGGGAAGGAGCAGUGGUGGCUGUGGGGAUGGAAUUGAGAGGGAGACAACUGUAUCCUUUCAUAGCUUUUGAAAAUGUGGAUGUACUAUGUACUAUGUGGAUGUACUACCUUUUCAAAAAUAAAACAUUUUAAAAGCUA